AUGGACGUCCUGAGCUGCCUCAAGUACCUGAUGUUCAUCUUCAACGUGCUCGUGUUUGCCGGGGGGACGUGCCUGGCUGCUCUGGGGCUCUGGGUGGCCGCGGACCCGGGGGGGUUCCAGGCUCUGGUAGCCACCCGGGCCGUGCUGAGCGCGGGUUCGUGGCUCCUGCUCGCCCUCGGCAUCGCCCUGGCCCUGCUCGGUUUCCUGGGCUGCUGCGGGGCCCUGCGGAGGAGCCGCCCCCUCCUGCUGCUGUUCUUCAUCCUCGUCAGCCUCGUCUUCCUCAUGCAGCUGGUGGGGGCCAUUCUCUUCCUGGUGCACUGGAAGCAGGUCCGGCCCGAGCGCUUUCUGUCGGAGCUGAGGAGGAAUUACCGCGGGGAUGAGGGGGCUGAGGUGUUCAGCACCGCCUGGAACACCCUCAUGGUCACGUUCUCCUGCUGUGGCGUUCUGGGCCCCGAGGACUUUGGGAACGGCUCCCGUUUCCAGGAGCUGCACCCGGGGGUGCCGUGGCCUCGUGCCUGCUGUGCCCGGGACGGGCUCCUGGGGGACCUGCUGGGCUGGGAGCAGUGCCGGGACAGGAUUCCCGGCUACAUCCACGAGCAGGGCUGCUUCUCCACCUUCGGCAGGACCCUGCAGAGGUCCCUGUCCCUGCCUGGCACCUGCAGCCUGGCCGUGCUGGGCAUCGAGAUCUUUGCCAUGUUCUUUGCCUUCUGCCUCUACUACAACUUCGACUGA